AUGGCAAGAUUCGUAAGAAUGCAUCUCUGUAUGAGUACUUCAUUUGAUCUCUCUUUUGCAGCACAAGCCACACAACUAGAUAAAGAGGAUAUAAAAGCGCUCAAUAAACGACUCAAAUGGCAGGCUGACAACCCCAACCACGGACUACGAUUUGUCAAGAUUGAUCUACGGACCACACAAUUAUAUGCAUUUGUUGAUGCUUCGUUCACCAACAAUAAGGACUCAUCUUCACAAAUUGGCUAUAUUAUUAGGAUUACCCGAAGCGUACUUGCUUCGGAGAUGUACGGUAUGGCCAAUGGAUUCGAUGCGGCUAUAGCAAUCAAAUCAACUCUCACCCAACUGCUACAUCUUUUAGAGCCGCUCCCACUAGUUCUUUGCACUGAUUCGAAGAGCCUUUACGAAUGCCUCGUCAAGCUGGGUACGACACGUGAAAAACACCUUAUGAUCGAUCUCAUGUGCCUCCGUCAAUCGUACGAACGUCAAGAGAUCACGGAAGUGAGAUGGAUCAACGGUAACAGCAAUCCUGCGGAUGCCAUGACAAAGAGCAAGCCCUGCCGCGCUCUACAAGAACUUAUUGAUAUAAAUAAGCUAUGUAUUGACAUUGACGGAUGGGUAGAAAAGCUGUUAAUGAAGUGCAACUCUGAGUCAAAGAAUAUACAAUUUGCAACACCUAUUACUACACUGGCUCCAUAG